GACAGCUGGAGAGUGGUUGCGCGGUGGGAGUAUUUGGGGUCAAAUUUCUGUACACUUUAAAUUACUGCAACAUCCUAUUAAAAUGGGAGAUAAGAAGAGCCCGACAAGGCCGAAGAGACAUUGCAAGCCCCCGUCAGAGGAGGGGUAUUGGGACUGUAGCGUUUGCACUUUCAGGAAUACUGCUGAGGCUUUCAAAUGUAUGAUGUGCGACGUUAGAAAGGGAACAUCAACGCGGAAACCUCGCCCCGUUUCUCAGCUUAUGGCACGGCAAGUAGCUCCACAAUUUGCUUCACCCACACAACCAAAAAAAGAGAAGAAGGAAAAGACGGAGAAGGACAAAUGCGCCAGGGAGCCAGCACUGAAGAGGAGCAGCCAUAACAAGAUGAGGCCAAGGUUAAAAAAUAUUGACAGGAGCAGUGCACAGCACUUGGAAGUCACAGUGGGAGACUUGACGGUCAUCAUCACAGACUUUAAGGAGAAAACAAGGCCCAUGUCCUCCUCAACAAGCUCAUCCUCAUCCACAGCCACGUCAGCAGAGCUGCACAGUCAAAGUGGAUCUAGCUCAGAUAACACUGAGAGAGCAGUCUCCAGGUCAUCAUCUCCUCGUGGUCAAAGCACAUCAAUCAAUGGAGAAUCACAUUAACCCCUGAGGACCCCAAAAUUUAACUGAAAGUCAAAGGUGACAGACAGCACCACUUACAUUACACUCAAUACUCAACUCCUACCCCUCCCCUGGACUGGAUGGGGCUCUUGAGUUUCUCAGAAACCUCACAGCGCAAAGGUCAUGGGAUGCUUUUGAUUAUUGAAACUAAGAGUAAGUUGGUUUUUGUCAUUGAAAUUAAGAAUGAGUUGCUUUGGGGAGUUUUCUGCUCUGUCCAUCUUUUAUGAUCAUUUGGAGCUAUACAAUCAUCUAGAGAUAUGUUGGCUUAAAGAUUGUUACUGAUGUUAAGAUUGUUAAAAAAGGACAACAAUAGAGUUCAUACUGUAGUGAUUCUUAAUCUCAGGUACUGCACUUGUUUGUCUAGUAGUGCCAGGAGCUAACACAACAGCCCAAUCUAGAUACGCACAGAACUCAGAGCCCCUGGCACUACAGGAUAUUCUAGGCCCUUCAACUUGACUUAAAACAUGAAAACACAAACAUAUGCAGCGCACAUGGUCCACAGGACAAAGAUUGAGAAGCACUGCUAUAGUAUAUAGCCAUAAUAUUUUGAUAAUGUGAUGAAAUGCAUUGUUUUAGUUUCUGUUUAUCCUUUAGUAAGAAAUUAUUUGGUACACAAGUGAAAAGUUUACAGAAUAUAAAUGUGAAUAGUUUUGAGUAACUAUUUGUAAAUCAUAAGUACCUGGUUGCAGGCACUGUUUAAUGUCUUGUAUGAUGAGAAAAUUACUUUUGAAACUGUUUUAAAGUUAUUUGUGAUUUGCGUCAUCAAAUUAGUCAUAGAAAUUUCUAAACCUUGAGAUACUGUUUUCUUUUUCUUACAGUAAGUAUUUCUUGAUUUGAUGUACUAAGUUAUAACAGGUUCAAAGCAUAUUAGUUCCAUUAGAGUCCUUAAAUUGGCAGAUUGGUUUGUGUAUCUUGAGGUGCUAAGAGUUUUCUACCAACAUGGUCGAUAUGUUCAGCAUCUUAUUGCCAGAAUAUGACUUUUAAAAAUAUUAAAAUGAUGUAUGAGAGAUACAUAUUUAUAACAAGAACAACAACAACAACAACAACUAGUAGUAGUAAUAAUAAUAGAAUGGUUAUUCACAUGGAAAGAUAUAAACACAAUAUAAAAAAGAAUUUUGCAAUUUUUUCCUAUGUGCUUAAUGCAGAAAUGUGAUGCAAAGUGUUCUAGACUCCCUUUUAUGUGUGUUUUCAUUAAUACCAGUUAGUUUUGUCAGUCUAGCGUUGUCCUGAAUGAUGGUCCCAUGAUGAUGAAAACAUAUUUUUACAUGUUUGUAUAGGUUAGUGUGCUUGGUGGUAAUCUGUAGAGCUACAGUAAUCAGUUUGUUCAUUUUGUAUUUACAAAACAGAACAGAAUUUAAUGUGGCUAUAGACUGUCAAGAAAAGCCAUCUUUUCAUAUAAAAGUUUCAUUUCCAGUGAUGUUUUUAGCAGUGUUUUUCAUCCUCUUUUUUAAAGUCCAUUCAUAAAAUAAUGAAAUAAAUGUCAUUUUUAUUUUAAA